UGUAAAGCACAUGGUUUCUAAGUUUAUAACGUAAUCGGUUAGCCUCUCACUGCGGGGUACUUCGGUCUCAAAAUCCUUCCGAUCUCGCACACCACCGGGAACAAUGUCGGCUUUAACAUGAAGAUACACCAACCAUAAGAAAGACGCUCGAUAAACCAAGACAAAGUUGGUAUGGUGGUAAGGGCUAAUCCGCGUGAAGGCUAGAAUGUGCAGUAGUGAGAGCUUAUCGCCGAUGGCGUCUACUGGAUCGCCCUGCAGAUGUCCUGAAUCUUUCUUCCUUCUCAACUCUUUGCUUCAUCUUUCUUAUUAUCUUCUGCAUCUUCCAUCCACCUGUUCAUGAGAUAGAGUCGUGUGCCCGCGUUUGGGCUACCGAUGCGAAAACCCCGCAUCGUAUCAGCUCAUGAUGGCCCCCACUGUCCUCUCCCGCUUUGCCCACUUCUUAGGCGUCCACUCCCUCCACGCCACGGGCCUUGAUGCCUACCUCAUUAUCACGCUCCGUUCUCUGCGCAUGUUCAGCGCUGGCAUCCCCUCUCUCAUUUUGGCGCUCUUCUUCUCCUCCCUGCACUUCCCGGACACGCGUAUCGGAGCCUUCAUGACGCUAACGCUUCUCGGCGAUGUCGUCCUCUCCCUGUUCCUGACGCUCGUUGCGGAUAAGAUAGGCAGGAGGAAGAUACUGCUUUUCGGGAGUGCGAUGAUGAUGGUCUCAGGUACUGCGUUUGCCUUGAGCGAGAAUUUCUGGAUCCUUCUUGUCGCAGCGGUAUUUGGCGUGAUCAGUGUUACGGGCGCCGACUGCGGACCGUUCAGAGCGGUGGAGGAGAGUGUGCUGAGCGGACUUACGGAUGAGCGGACGAGGAGUGAUGUGUUGGCUUGGUACGUUACUGCUACUACGAUGGCGGGAGCGAUUGGUUCGGAAGCAGCAGGCCGCGUCGUUCAGUGGGUCGAGAGAAGCAGCGGGGAUGUCAAGAAAGCAUACCACGUCCUCUUCUGGGGAUAUACAGGCUUCGGGCUGGUCGGCUUCAUACUGUGUUUGGGGCUCAGCAAGAGAUGCGAAGCUGCGGGCGAGAAGCGAUCUGAGAUGAAAGAGAGAGGGCGAGGAGGCGGAGAUGGCGAAGAAGAGGAGGUGCUGCUAGAGGCUAUGACGCCUUCCACGACCGAUGGCUUUGGCCGUGAGCCUGAGAAUGAAGCCCAGAGAUCGCAAAAUAUCCGGGCCCAGCAGAAGCAAAAGCAGUCAUACUUCAGCCAGAUUUCGAAGCCGACUCGCAACAUAAUGUACAAGCUCUGGAUCCUGCUCGCCGUCGACUCCCUUGCCGAUGGCAUGACUCCAUAUUCGCUUAUGAAUUAUUACGUCGAUCAGAAGUUCCAUCUCAGCAAAUCCACGCUGGGCGACAUCACCUCCGCGAGUCAGUUCCUUUGCGCUGUUAGCUCGAUUUUCGCGGGACCGCUAUCGAAGCAUAUUGGACUUAUCAAUACCAUGGUUUUCACUCAUUUGCCAAGUUCUAUCGCAAGCGCGUUCAUUCCACUACCAAGCAGCGUUGGGUGGACAGUCGGCCUCCUCCUAUUCCGCGCAGCCCUGAACUCGAUGGACCAGGCCCCACGCACAGCUUUCAUUGCGGCGGUCGUCAAACCUGAAGAGCGAACGGGCGCCAUGGGUAUCACAUCGAUGCUCAGAACCCUGUCGAUGAGCGUCGGGCCUUCCAUCACCGGCAUUCUGGCGGGCAACGACAGGUUCUGGGCUGCUUUCGUUGCAACAGGGAUUUGUAGGGUUUCAUAUGACCUCGGAUUAUGGGUUUUGUUUGUCAAUGUCAAAGUUGACAGAGACGCGGACAAAGAGGAGGACGCGGAUUCCGUUGACGAGAAUGCAUGGGAUGGCCUACUCAGUGACUCAGACGAUGACGAGAGCAGCGAUGGCAGGAAGAGUAAAGAUGACGAGCGGGAUAUGGGGAGGGCAGUCUAGGGCUAAGCACAUAAAACCGCAUGAACGAAUGUAUUCUGAC